AUGCCAAAAGAUCCAACUACGGAGUACGUUUUCGCUCUCGCACUGUAUACUUGUACCGUGUCUGACGGUCAACACAGACGAAUUGAAAACGUCGAAUCCGAAGUCCGACGCCUUCGUGAGCAGUUGGAUGACAUGCACAGCCUUCUUCGUCUCCAUUCGCAGACGAGCGUGGUACCUCUGGCGGGGGGCGUGGCAUCACCUCCAGAUCCCCUUCCUGCGCAGCAGCCUUGCCCCGUGCCGUCACCUGCACAGAUGUUAUCUGGUGCCCCUGGGGACAUGCCUGCGUAUCUUGAUUCAACCUCGGUUGACAUGACAGGUCCUCAGAGGGAUGUACUGCUCCAAAGCAUUCCACCGGAAAACGAAUAUGCUCGUCCCGCGAAGCGAAAGCGAUCUGGUUUCGAGGUCCGAUGCGACCCUAUAGCGGAUUUCAUUAGUAAAGGCAUGAUAACGGUGGAAUAUGCCGUGUCCUGUUUUCAAACGUACAUUCCCAUAUUUGACCCAGAAAACGACACAUUUGCAUCUGCAGACAUAUUACACUCCGAGCUGAAAAAGUGGAUCAACGUCGUUAUCCAAAACGAAAGACUAAACUGCUUGGAAUCCGUACAAGCCCUCCUUGUCAUCGCGUGCUAUUCGGCCGAACGUUCACUGCUCCUUUCCUUUGCCACCCGCAUGGCUCUCGACCUGGGUCUGGACGAGGCGUUCGAAGAGCUUACACAGCGACUGACUAUGAAAAACAUAGAAGGGUCGUCAGAUAUGGCUAACUCCAGGGAGGAGGAGAACAUGCUGAUGAGAAAGUCGAGAGUAUGGUUUGGCUUGUUGGUGUUGGAGCAUAUGUACUACCGCCAAACUCAAAAACAUGAUCUUUUCCGUGUGGAUGGAGGAAAGCCGCCCGGAAUUCGGAUGACUGGGAAUGCACGUCGGUGUCGACUGUUGCUUCAUCAUCCCUCGUCGACGGUGUUGGAUUUGCGGCUUUUUUCGCAGGUUGAGGUAGAUCUUGACCUGUGGUUUGAUGACUGGCUUCGCAUAAUCGGUAUGCAAACAUACUUGUUGGAGGAACGUGUUCCUGACGAUGGUGCAGAGAACUCCGCCAAUGCAGAAGAAGAACGCCCGUCGUUGCUCGCCGCAUUGCGAGUACAGAAAUGCUGGUCAGAGAUGAUGCUCUACUGCAAAGCGCUGCGAUCCAUGGGGGUCGAGAACAUAGCGUGA